AUGGAUUCGGGUGGGUUUAAGGUGAAAGGGCAAGAAGGAAGCCAGAGAAGUAAGACAAGCGCAGACCCGCUUCUAGUAACCAAAGCGCACGCCAACAAUCAUCAUCAGCUGGUGGCUGUGAAUUAUGCGAAGAAGAUGAUGAUGCAGCAACACCUUCUACAGAAAAGACUUCUGAGGACCAAGGCGACGAUGCUGGAGACUCAUGACGAUUCGGAGCACCAUCGCCGUGGCGAGAAAAGAAGAUUCCAAAAAACAAAAUCGAAAUCACACGUGUGGCGAACAACCUGCAGGGAUGCAUCGUACUGUUCUCUGGAGCAACAAGAGGUAGGAUGUCAGUUGGUGGAAAUGAGGACAGAGUCAGGUAACAAACAGGCCCAAGAUUCAUUGGACGAGGUCUAUAUUGGAUCAAUUGGGUUUGUGUUGGAAACUGAGUUCGUCACGUCAUCUUGGAGUUAAUUAAUAUGGCAAAGAUUUGCACCUAGCCGAAGAUAUGUACAGGAAAUCAAUUGAGACCUAACAAAAAUCCUGUCUAUUAGGUACUAUCUUAAAGGAGGCUUUGAGGUAUUUUCCUGUAUAAAAUAAAAUAUUAAUGUUCCUUUGGGCGACGAUGAUGGAGUUUUAAAUCGAUCUUUUAUGUUCUCAGUUAACUGGUA